CAGAGGUCCCCACAGGAAAGCGGAAGCGGCGCGCAGCACGUGGGGGAGGUGCCGGUCCUAGGGUUCUGCGUCCACUUGGUUUGUGAUUGUGAGGCUGGCCUCCGCCACAGCAGAGGACGAAGGGCGGGGCCCGGGGAGCCCGAGAGACGCUGCGGAGCGGGGAGACGGGCUGAACGCCAUGGAGGGCCCAGGGGAGGCGCCGGGCCCACAGCCACCGCAUCCCGAGGACCACCGCAUCCGUGACGGCGACUUCGUGGUGCUGAAACGGGAAGAUGUGUUCAAAGCAGUGCAAGUCCAGCGGAGAAAAAAAGUAACUUUUGAAAAGCAGUGGUUCUAUCUGGAUAACAUCAUUGGCCAUAGUUAUGGAACCACAUUUGAAGUGACCAAUGGAGGAAGUCUUCAGCCUAAGAAGAAGAAGGAAGAGCCUACUUCAGAGACCAAAGAAGCGGGCACUGAUAAUCGAAAUAUAAUUGAUGAUGGGAAAUCUCAGAAACUUACUCAAGAUGACAUAAAAGCUUUAAAGGACAAGGGCAUUAAAGGAGAGGAAAUAGUUCAGCAAUUAAUUGAAAAUAGUACAACAUUCCGAGACAAGACAGAAUUUGCUCAAGAUAAAUAUAUAAAAAAGAAGAAAAAGAAGUAUGAAGCCAUCAUUACUGUUGUGAAGCCAUCCACCCGCAUUCUUUCAAUUAUGUAUUAUGCAAGAGAACCUGGAAAAAUUAACCACAUGAGAUACGAUACCCUAGCCCAGAUGUUGACGUUGGGAAAUAUCCGUGCUGGCAAUAAAAUGAUUGUAAUGGAAACGUGUGCAGGCUUGGUACUGGGUGCAAUGAUGGAACGAAUGGGAGGCUUUGGUUCCAUUAUUCAGCUGUACCCUGGAGGUGGACCUGUUCGGGCAGCAACAGCAUGUUUUGGAUUUCCCAAAUCUUUCCUCAGUGGUCUUUAUGAAUUCCCACUCAACAAAGUGGACAGUCUCCUAAAUGGCACGUUUUCUGCAGAGAUGUUAUCUUCAGAGCCUAAAGACAGUGCUUCAGUUGAAGAAAGUAACGGCACCCUGGAGGAAAAACAGACUUCAGAGCAAGAGAAGGAAGACAGUGUGGCAGAAGCCCAAGAGAGCCAUCACCCACAGGAACAAGAAACAAUGGAAAUUGUCUCUCAAGAUCCAGAAUAUAAGGAGCCUAAAGAGAGAGGAAGCAAAAAAGAUUAUAUUCAGGAAAAGCAGAGGAGACAAGAAGAGCAAAGGAAAAGACAUUUAGAGGCUGCUGCUCUGCUGAGUGAAAGAAAUGCAGAUGGUUUAAUUGUAGCUAGUCGUUUCCAUCCCACUCCACUCCUGCUGACUUUGCUGGACUUCGUGGCCCCUUCAAGGCCAUUUGUGGUCUACUGUCAGUAUAAAGAGCCGCUGUUGGAAUGCUAUACAAAACUGCGGGAAAGAGGAGGGGUCAUCAACCUCAGACUGUCUGAAACCUGGCUCAGGAAUUACCAGGUUUUGCCAGAUCGAAGUCAUCCCAAACUACUGAUGAGCGGAGGUGGGGGGUACCUUCUCUCAGGCUUCACUGUUGCCAUGGAUAACCUUAAAGCAGACCCCAGUCUCAAAUCCAACGCAAGCACUUUAGAAUUACACAAGACUGAAGAGCCAGCAGCUAAAAAACGGAAAUGCCCAGAGUCUGACUCUUAAGCUUUCAAAAAUUGCUCUGAUUUUUGUCCUCAGGCACUAUACAGUUAGUAAUUAAACCUUAAACGCUAUUACUAAUUGUUUUCUUACAUUCAAAAAUAAGAACAUGUCUGUACACCUGCUCCUGGGAAGGACGAGUAAGCCUUUUGUCCACUUCUGGCACAGAUAGAUUUGGUCUGUCAAAACGUCGAGCCAAAAUACCUAAGCCUGGGGUGUAUGCAGUGGACUGGUAUAUAUGGCCAAUCCUGUUUAUUUCACAAAAAUCCUCUAAGUACAUUUGGUACUCUGUGCAAAUAUCCUGAGAAUUUAGACAUCCUAGAAAUAUAUUUAUACAAGACUUUAUGUGUUAAGCUAAGUGGAAUAACACAACAUAGAGACAACUUAGGUACUAAAAAGGAAUUUGUGGAAGACAUUUCUUGUGUUCAUUCCGCUCUCUUUAAUCUAAGCAAUAUGGAUGUAUGAGUGUCUGAGAUUUACAGUACCAAAAAUGUCCUCCCUGUUUCCUCCAGUGGAAUAAACUUUUUUAAAAUGCUAGGUUUUUUAAUUUUAAUAGUUGAUAACUUAGGAAAGUUCUGAAUAUUUAUUUUACUGCUUUUUUUUGUCAACACAGAGGUGUAGUAGGGUACUUUUUUGGGUUAAUUUGCCAAUCCCCUCCUUCUUUGUUCGAAAUGAAGUGACUAGAAUUUUUGUGUACUAUUCAAUUAAAGGCAACAACAAGGGUUUUUUUCCCCCCUACCCAGACACUUGUGGAGAGAUAUAUAAAUAUAUGUAUAUAUAUGUACACACACAUACAUAUGUAUAUGGUUGUUGGUAUAUACGCAUAUAUAUAUUUAUAUAUACACAUAUACACGGAGACAGAGAGAAUGCACUAUCUAUGUGAACUAUGACAGUUUAGUGCAGAGCUUAGACCAGUUCUCAUUGCAUUAGUGUCACUCCUAGUCAGUUGUAUUUUAAAGUGCCUUUUUUGGUGAUUAUUAAUGCUGGUUUGUUGAGCUCUGGCAUGAUUAGGUGGUUAGCCUUUCUAAGCUCUGAAAACAUAUAAUCAAAUUAUUUGGUCAUCUAUAGCCAAGGAAAGUGUUUAGAGUAAGCCACGGCUCUUGCCUUGCUUACUAAACAUGCUCAUAGUGUGUAUUGUUCACAUCAUUAUAGCACAGAUGCUGAUCAUCCAGCAAGGAGCAUCUCAGAAAAAAAGAAAUUACAUUUUCCUAAUAGCAUGUACUAUCCUGAUAAUGGUCAAUGUGAUUACCAACAAGUACAGUUUUGAUUCCUUUUUCUUAAAACAAUUCCUUUUAAAGAAUAAAAGUGUUUCCUACUA